CAGCCCCCUUGUUCUGAGCACAGAGGCACCAGGCCCUGCUCCAUGGGGCCUCUAGUCUCAGGGGAAGCUGUGCCUGUGUGGCUCUGACACUGAUCACAUCAUCUCUGCCAUUCCCAAAGUGCACCCCUUCCCAGCCAGCCCCAGAAUGGCACUGCCUCCUAGUCCCCUGGCCAUGGAAUAUGUCAAUGACUUUGACUUGAUGAAGUUUGAGGUAAAGCGGGAGCCCUCUGAGGGCCGAUCUGGCCUCCCCACAGCCUCAUUGGGCUCCACACCCUACAGCUCAGUGCCUCCUUCACCUACCUUCAGUGAGCCAGGCAUGGUGGGGGCCACCGAGGGCCCCCGGGCAGGCCUGGAGGAGCUAUACUGGCUGGCCACCCUGCAGCAGCAGCUGGGGGCUGGGGAGGCGCUGGGGCUGAGUCCCGAAGAGACUGUGGAGCUGCUACAGGGUCAGGGCCCAGGCUCUGUUGAGGGGCCCCACGCUUACUACCCAGGGAGCCCAGAGGAGCCAGGAACCCAGCAUGCCCAGCUGGCCGAGCGGUUUUCGGACGCGGCUCUGGUUUCGAUGUCUGUGCGGGAGCUGAACCGGCAGCUGCGGGGCUGCGGGCGCGACGAGGCGCUGCGGCUGAAGCAGCGGCGCCGCACGCUGAAGAACCGCGGUUACGCGCAGGCCUGUCGCUCCAAGAGGCUACAGCAGCGGCGCGGGCUGGAGGCCGAGCGCGCUCGCCUGGCUGCCCAGCUGGACGCCCUGCGAGCCGAGGUGGCCCGCCUGGCCCGGGAGCGCGACCUCUACAAGGCUCGCUGUGACCGGCUGACCUCGAGCGGUCCCGGGUCCGGGGACCACGCCCACCUCUUCCUCUGAGACGCUCGUAGCCGCGGGGUAGUGGAGUAGGUGGGUGGGUGGGGGACACCACACAGGAGGCGGCUGCACCUUUCACUGAUCGUUACCCAGCGCCUUCUGGUCCCAUCCAUUCCCUGUAUGACCAUACAAGUUUCCCCAAACUUCCUGGACCCUCAAAGCAUGUCCGAGUUUAGAUGCUGGUCAUUUUCUGGAGAGGGGUCCCCUCCCCUCGCGGAGGCCACGCAUGGAAACUCGACCCCCGUGACUAGCACACAGAGCUCUGCAGGGGCCAGCGCUAGGCACUGGGUGGUGGAGGCGUGGAUGAUAGCUGGGUGACACAGUGAAUGGGAGGUGAGGGAGUGGUGCAGCUCCCCCCUCAGUUUGGUUUUUAAUUCAAGGUUUUCAACUUGUAGUGCAUUAAGGCUGUAAUUAGCAA